CUCAACACGCAGCUCUAUUCAGCGUUUUUUCUUUCAAGCCUGAACCAAAAGAAAACAAUCCAGAGCAGCCAUGGUUGUGUGGUCUGAGCAGGAACGCAGCAUCAUCAACUCCAUCUUCUCCAGCCUGGACUAUAACGAUGCAGGCCCCAAGGCCCUCAGCAGGUGCCUGAUCGUUUACCCCUGGACUCAGAGGUACUUCGCCAGCUUCGGUAACCUCUACAACGCUGAGGCCAUCAAAAGCAACCCAAACGUCCAGGCGCACGGCAUCAAGGUGCUGCACGGACUGGACCGCGCCGUCAAGAACAUGGACAACAUUAAGGCCACCUACGCUGAGCUGAGCGUGCUGCACUCCGAGAAGCUGCACGUUGACCCCGACAACUUCAAGCUGCUGGCUGACUGCUUGACCAUCGUCAUUGCCGCCAAGAUGGGCUCUGCUUUCACCCCAGAGGUUCAGGCAGCUUUCCAGAAGUUCCUGGCUGUGGUGGUGUCCGCUCUGGGAAAGCAGUACCACUGAACACCCAGAAGCUUUCACGCGUGGGAAGGAGAUCAGACCUAUGUUCUACAGGAGCCACGUCUCUUCUUCGUGAAAAAAAAUAAAGGCCCACAUUAAGCAAAAAA